AUGGUCCAUUCUGCCAAACUGAGGGAAGCAGCCUCAAUCCUGGCGACACCGCUUAGCGUGAUGGUCUCACACUCGCUAAGGCGAGGCAAACUACCGGAAAAUUGUAAGCUGACUCACAUCACACCAGUUUUCAAGGAAGGUCGACGCAGCGAACCUUCAAGUUACCGACCGGUGGUUGUUCUCUCUAUACCUUCAAAAAUUAUGGAGUCCCUGAUAUGCGACGGUUUAUACGACUAUCUACUGUUCUUAAAUUUCUCAUCCCAACAGCAUGGUUUCAGGAGGGGCUACUCUUGUAUAACCAACGUGCUGACUGCGGUGGACAGAUGGACAAGCAUCCUCGAUUUCAUGAGAAAGGUUGACAUCAUCUACCUAGAUUUCUCAAAAGCUUUUGAUAAGGUUAACCAUUCAUGUCUUAUCAAUAAGUUUAAUCGAUUGGGUAUCAUACCACCUCUGAUUGGUUGGCUCACUUCAUAUCUGAAAAAUCGACAUUUUAAGCUUAGGGUUAACUUCACUUUAUCUCAGGCCAUGGAAUGUCCUAGUGGGGUCAGCCAGGGUUCAGUACUAGGACCUCUUCUCUUCUUGAUUCAUAUAAAUGAUCUUCCAAGACAGGCAUCGUCAGACAAUUAUUUCUGCUGA